AUGGCAGCUACAAAAGCUUUGAUCAGGCGAAAUCGCUGUGGAAUCGUCUCGAAUUUAACCUCAAAACGAAAGUUCGCAUAUGGAAAAUUUUAUAAGCGGUUCCGCUAUGUGGACUUAGAUUGUGGAGAAGGGUUGGAUUAUGUUGCUCUUGAGUGUGGAUCAAGCGACUUGGAAAUACUUAUCCUUAUAUCCAGUGGAACCAGCUUAACCAGUGAUGAAUUUGUGUAUUUUGGUGCUACACGAUGUGCAGUUAUUCGUCCAACAACGAUUAUUGCAAGUGGAAUAACAAUCAGUGUCAAAGAUUCGAUAAGCAAUGAGCGAUUAUCAUUUCGAAUUGCUUUUAAACAUAUUUUAAGAGCAUGGAUCUCAGAAGGAGUAGCUCCGAAAGGUCUUGUAUUACUUGUAAGUCCAUUUUGUGCACGAAGUGUUCGUGAUAAUCUUAAUAUAUCCGAACCGAAUUUGUCAAGUAAUAUAACAUUUGAUCCUCAACAUUCACAUGCAGCUUUCAAAUAUCUUAUAAUUGAUAUACAUAAUUGUUCGAUGGAAAAUUUGCUGAGAAUGCAGCGAAUUUUGGAUAAUAUUCAACGACUAAGAACUUCAGCAAAUAUAAACUCGCAGAAAUCUAUAUUUUUCAGUAAAAUGCGGGAAGUGCAUUAUCAUAAUUUGUUAGCUGAAAUUGAAACAGUUUCAUCAUCAUAUGUAUCAUUCAGUGACCAACCUUCUACGACUUUAUCUCCUUUAAGUCAGGCUCAAUCAACUUUUAAUGGUCAAGGAACUGUACAUCAACCGCAGCGAAAUUGCGUUCAACAAUCUUCAAUGUAUUAUAUUUUAAAAACUGAUAAUAAUGUUCAACGAUGUCCUUCACCUGCUCCUAAUGUGUCUGAUUCACGUUCAACAAAAUCCACGGUAUAUUCUAGUGUAUCAAAUUUGGUUGGCAGGCCAAGCACAUUUUUGCACACUGAAAGGAGAACGAAUUUCUUUGAAUAUAUGUUAAAUUCAUCACAACGUUCGAAGCAGUAUAGUACUGGAAUGGAACGCAAACGUUAUUUUAAUCCAUUUUCGACUGAAAGAUAUGGGUCUAUCCCAUCAUCUUCUGGUAAUAUGGCAACGAAAAAGAUGAAAAUGGAUUUGGAAAAUCGAAUCGUCCAUACGAUUGAUGAAGAUGAGGCGAGUUCUUCCACUGGACAGAAAUUGUAUUUCAGUGUUUCUAAUGAAGCCAACUCUUCCCAUGCAAACGACAUAUUAAUGCUUUAUCCACAAGGUGAACGUGGUGCAAUAUCUUUACAUUUUGCGGACGUGGAAUAUUUGAAACCUGAUCAAAUGCUGAAUGAUUCAAUUAUAGAUUUUUUUCUCAAAUUUAUACAUCGUGAGCUGAUUCCAAAAGAAAGGCGAUCAUCUAUUUUUAUUUUCAAUUCAUUUUUCUAUGCUCGUUUAACUCAAACUUCUUCUGCAUCUGGUGAUGUGUUUACUUCAGCUGCAACUCGAUCUAAAUGGGUUGCAAAUAACUAUAAAUCUGUGCGAAACUGGACGAAGAACGUCGAUAUUUUUGAUAUGGAAUAUGUUGUGGUUCCAAUUAAUGAAGAUAUACACUGUUUAAGGUACUUAGCUAUUAUCGUACGUCCUGGCUCCGCAAUUUCGGCAAUUGUGAAUGAAUCUUGUAAUUCAUCGAAUUCGCAGAUGGUUAAAAUAAUGAAUAAGGAUUAUGGAAAAAAGCCGGAAAAGAAUGAAUACCAACAAAAACAGUGUUUAAGAUUCAAGAAGGCUCAGAUUAUAAUAUUUGAUUCUCUCGUUGAUGGCCAUUUCUCGAAAAGAAGGCAUACAGCGACUAUAUUAAGAGAUUACCUAGAAUGUGAGUUCAAUGAUAAAAAGAAAGAUUAUUCGCUUGAACAGUAUUAUUGCAAAGAACGAAUUGAAAAGAUUUUACCUCGAUUUCUUCCGCAGCAAAAGAAUUACACAGACUGUGGGCUAUUUCUUUUGAAGUAUUCAUAUCUGUUCCUUCUCAGACCACCUUUGUUCAUAUUGCAUACCGAUUCUUUUAUGCGAUGGUAUCCUCAAUUCACUAUCGAUGGAAUGCGAAAUUUUAUUUUGGACAAAAUAAAAUCUUUAUGUAACCAUGAAAAAUGGGUUCAGUAUGAGGAAUUCUCAAAAAGAUUUGGUUGUGAAAUUUAUUCCAGUAAUAUGUCAUCCUCAUCAUUAUUCAAUCAAUUGAAUUUUGUUUCAAUGCGAUCUGCUUCACCUCUGCCUUUACGCCGUACGCUUAGUGCUGAUGAUAUUGAAAGUUCAUACAUAAGAAACAUCAGUCGAAGAGCGGUAACGCCGUGA